AUGAGUUCCGAUAGAGCUUUACGAGGAAGUUGCCAUUGCGGCAGGAAUCAGUAUACGAUCCUAAUACCCGGGGGUUCAUCUGGAGGAGCUCAGAUCCUCUUUGAUUCAACCAUAGGCCAUAGAGUCUCAUCAGCGACGCCUCUCUCGGCUUUCCUUAGAGUUCCGCUUUCGUGGUACCAUAGCCAAAUAUUUCCAUUCUUCCCCGACGAGUCUCGGGCUAAUAUUAAACGUGCCUAUUCCCACCCCGCUGAACAAAAUGCUAUGCGGCAAUUCUGCGGGUUCUGCGGGACUCCCUUAUCGUAUUGGUCCGAAGAACCUAGGAGUGAGGCCGACUAUAUUCAAUUGACGCUGGGUAGCCUCUUAACCGAGGAUCUUCGUGACCUGGAAGAUCUAGGCCUGAUUCCCGACGAAUCCGAAUUGGACCCUAUGAAUAUUGUACCUACUCGUGCAUCCAACCAAGAUUCGCAAUUGAUCGGACGAGACGUAGCUGGUAUUCCAUGGUUUGAAAGCAUGAUUUUAGGUAGUCGUCUAGGCAACAUACAUACUACAAAAGGUGUUAGGGAAAGUCGAGACGGCAAGGUUCGAGUCGAGUACGAAAUCACAGAAUGGGCGGGAGAUGAUGCGGCAGGGGACGAAACAGGACAGACGGUAUUAUUCUAUGAUUCGCCUACGACGGGUAAGAGAAAACGCGGAGAAGCUGAUGAUGGAGAGGGCGGGAAUACUGCUUAG